UUUUUUGUGAUCUGUUUACCGAACACUAGUCAAGAGGUCAAAAAAAUUAUAGUUGGUUGGUUCAAACAAAAUUAAUUAAAUUCCCACUUGUAGUUCAUUACGAAAAUGGGAUACUUGAGUUUUUUCUUUCAUGAUAAAAUAAUUUAUAAGCUAAAGGAAAAGUAGAACUCUAAAACUCUAGACUUUUCAGCUCCUAGGAAAAAAAACUUCAAGGCUUACACAUUGCGGCCAAAUCCACCUACAUUACAACAGUCAUUUUCAUGUUUCAACCGACUUUGUUGACUUCACCAAUGAGAACAAAAUGGAAGAUACUAUUUUCCACACUCCAACACGACCAAGUCAUUGGUUAGACCCAUUCACCCAUGCCUUCUUUUCUCAUUUCCCACCCAGCAAUCACAUACUAAUAUCUAGCUUCUAUGACAACAAUUGCAACCUGAAGCCAAAUCAUCUACAACAUUAAUAACAUGAAGAAAAAAUCAUGGUUCAUGUCUUGUUUCCUCAUCAUCUGCAUUUCUUUGCACACCUACCCUUCCCUUUCUGCUUUGACCAUCAUCUCAUCAAACCAAUCUCUUUCUGGUGAUCAAACUCUUGUCUCCAAAGAUGGCAACUUUGAAUUGGGUUUCUUCAAUAAAGGUAAUUCUUCUAACUACUACAUAGGCAUGUGGUACAAAAAGAUAUCUUUAAGGACAUAUGUUUGGGUAGCAAAUAGAGAUGACCCAGUUUCUGAUAAAAUUGCUUCCAAGUUAGCUAUUUCUGAUGGUAAUUUAGUUCUCUUGAAUCAGUCUCAAACUAUAGUUUGGUCAACAAAUUUGAGUUCUACUAGUUCAAAUUCUGUAUUUGCUGUCCUUUUAGAUACUGGUAAUCUUAUAUUAAGUAAUAGGCCUAAUGCAUCAGCAUCGGAAGCUCUUUGGCAGAGUUUUGAUUUUCCAUCAGAUACUUGGCUUCCUGGUGGCAAAAUUAAACUCGAUAAGAUAACUAAGAAGCCUCAAUAUCUUACUUCAUGGAAGAACAGUGAAGAUCCAGCAACUGGUUUGUUCUCUCUUGAACUAGAUCCUAAUGGAACCAAUUCAUACCUGAUUCUUUGGAAUAAAACUCAACAGUAUUGGACAAGUGGUUCUUGGAAUGGACAGAUAUUCAGUUUGGUUCCUGAAAUGAGGGCAAACUACAUCUACAAUUUCACCUUUGAGAAUAACGCAAAUGAAAGCUACUUUACAUACUCUUUGUACAGCAAUUCUGUUAUAUCUCGCUUCGUGAUGGAUGUGUCUGGGCAGAUCAAGCAAUAUACUUGGCUGGAGAGUACCCAGCAAUGGAAUUUAUUUUGGUCACAACCAAGAGGACAGUGUCAGGUUUAUGCUUUCUGUGGUGCAUUUGGUAGCUGCAAUGAGAUCUCAAAGCCACCCUGCAAUUGUUUGAAUGGUUAUGAACCAAAGUCACAAUCUGAUUGGGAUCUUGAUGAUUACUCAAAUGGGUGUGUGAAAACAAACAAAUUUCAAUGUGAGGUAUCUAAUAAUCCUUCUAGUGGUGCCAAAGAUAGGUUCUUAACCAAAUCAAAUUUGGCUUUGCCCGAACAUGCACGGCCUGUUGUGGAAGCUGGUUUGAGUGAGGAAUGCGAGUCAACGUGUUUGAGCAACUGUUCCUGCACAGCAUAUACUUAUAACAAUAGUGGUUGUUUCAUUUGGAGGGGAGAACUCUUGAAUCUGCAACAGCUUUCUCAAGAUGACAGUAAUGGACAGACAUUGUUUCUCAAACUUGCAGCAUCUGAGUUUCCUGAUUCAAAAAGCAAUAAAGGUACAACCAUUGGUAUUGUUGGUGGUGCUGUUGGUGGUAUAAUGAUUCUCCUUGUUCUUGUUCUAAUUCUCGUGAUUAGGCGAAGAAAGAGACUAGCUGGAACAAGAACUUCUGUGGAGGGCUCAUUAAUAGCAUUUGCAUACAGAGAUUUGCAAAAUGCAACAAAGAAUUUCUCAGAGAAACUAGGAGGAGGAGGUUUUGGUUCUGUCUUCAAAGGAAUAUUACCUGAUUCAAGUGUCAUAGCAGUGAAGAAACUUGAAAGCAUUAGCCAAGGCGAGAAGCAGUUUAGAACAGAAGUCAGUACCAUUGGAACUGUUCAACAUGUCAACCUUGUUAGGCUUCGUGGUUUUUGUUCCGAAGGCGACAAAAGGCUUCUGGUUUAUGAUUACAUGCUGAACGGGUCUUUGGAUUCAAAUCUGUUUCAGAACGCCAACAUGUUGAAUUGGAAAGUAAGAUUCCAAAUUGCUCUUGGAAUAGCUAGAGGAUUGACAUAUCUUCAUGAAAAGUGUAGAGACUGUAUCAUUCACUGCGAUGUGAAGCCAGAAAACAUCCUCAUAGAUUCUGAAUUUUGUCCAAAGGUAGCAGACUUCGGCCUUGCAAAGCUUGUUGGAAGGGACUUUAGCAGGGUCCUAACUACCAUGAGAGGAACAAGAGGUUAUUUAGCUCCGGAAUGGAUUUCAGGAGUGGCUAUUACCGCUAAAGCCGAUGUUUACAGCUACGGAAUGAUGCUUUUUGAGCUUGUGUCAGGCAGAAGGAACUCGGAUCCUUCUGUAGACGGUCAAAUUAGAUUCUUUCCUACAUUGGCUGCAAACGUAGUACACCAAGGAGGGAAUGUGAUUAGCCUAUUAGACUCUAGAUUGGAGGGAGACGCUGAUGUUGAGGAGAUCACUCGACUCAUAAAGAUUGCUGCAUGGUGUGUUCAAGAUGAUGAAAUUCACAGGCCUUCCAUGGGUCAAGUCGUUCAAAUACUUGAAGGGGUGUUGGAUGUUGCUUUGCCUCCAAUUCCUAGAUCCCUUCAAGCUUUUAUUGAUGACCAUGAAGACAUUGUUUUCUUCACUGAUUCAAACUCCACUCAUAACUCACAGGUAAAGAGCAGUGUUUCGACAGACUCUUCUCAAGCUAAAAGCCACAUCUCAUCUACUAGCAUUAGUCCUUGAAGAUAUCUGACUCCAUGCUGUAAAAGGAAUUCUACAUUCACACAUUCAAAAACAUUAGUCACAACUUCCAAACAAUUAGUGAUUUUUACAUUUUAUUUUAUAAUUUCAAAGACUGAGUUUAAAUCUAAAUUGUUUCAUUUUAAUUGAACAACCACUAUUGUCCCGAAUGUGUGGAUGUUGUGAGUUUCGACUGCGAUGAAGAAGGGUCCAUCUUUGAGACAAAAUUAGCUGGACACGUUUUAGGGAUUUCUCUCAAUUGCUUUUGAUAUUGAGAUCUUUAAUUGUAAUGCGUAGUUUCUUUAGAUGAACUAUUGCCAUCAUUGUUUGUAAAUUCAUCCUAAAUAAUGUCAAAUGAAAACUCAUAUAUCUA